AUGCAUCCUUUCAAAAUUUUGUUUUGUUUCGCCCUCUCGCUGCUCCUUCCUUACUCGAAUUCCCUCCACAUCACCAACCAGACCAUUGAUAAAUUUCUCCUCGAUGAGUACGACUACGUCGUUGUUGGUGGCGGCCUCUCCGGACUCGUGGUCGCGAACCGGCUCAGCGAGAAUCCAGAUGCGAGUGUCCUCGUAAUCGAGGCCGGCGACCUUGACCGCCGCGAGGGUCGGGUCAUCAUCCCUGGAUACAUUGGACGUACGCCCCCUUCCGGCUAUGGUCAAGAUGUCCCCACCGCGCCCCAGACCUUCUUGGACGGGAAGACUCGAGAUAUUAACCAGGGAAAGGUCGUCGGUGGCGGAUCGGUCGUGAAUGGAAUGUGUUGGACCAGAGGCGCCGCUGCAGACUUCGACGCCUGGGAGGAGCUCGGCAACGACGGUUGGGGAUGGGAUGGCCUGUUGCCAUACUUCAAGAAGGUUGAGAGGUACACGACCAACGUCGGUCAAGGCAUUAGUGACGAGUUCAACAUCAAGCCCAACAUGUCUUUCCACGGAACUGACGGUCCCAUCAACGUGGCGUACCCGGAGCAUAUCUACAACACAUCCAGCAGCGUUCUUCAAGGUCUUGCCGAGGUCGGUAUCCAUACAUCCAACGACGUCAACUCGGGUGACCCGACCGGCGCUAUGAUCGUCGCCUCGAGCAUGUCCCCCACAAACCAGACGAGAUCCGAUGCGAGAACUGGCUACUUCGACACUGCCAACGCGCGCUCCAACUUUCACGUUGUCACUGGCCACAUGGCCACGCGGCUGAUCGUAGGUUUGCCCGGCUCCCUGACCAACCAGGAAAGCCGCCGGAUUAUCGGCGUCGAGCUCUCAUCUGGUCUGUCGGAUAUCAACAGAACCGUCACUGCGAACAAAGAAGUCAUCCUGGCCGCUGGAGCCAUUCAGUCGCCUGUUCUUCUUCAAGUCUCCGGUAUUGGUCCUCGUCAAGUUUUGGAAUCCUUGAAUAUUUCCACGCAGAUCGAUCUGCCCGGAGUUGGAAACAAUUUUCAGGAUCACCCCAUGGCCAGAUUCCCAUAUGAUUACUCUAAUGCAUCUGUUUUCACUUCUAAUGAUCUCAACGGUGACAAGCUCGAAGAUGCGCUGGACCAGUUCUUGACCAACAAGACGGGCAAGUCAUGCCCUUGUCCCUUGACAACACCUCUGAUCAACACCGUCGCCUUCCCAGCGCUCAAGCAUCACGCCGACGAAUGGAGAACCCUUCUCGCCCAUUCAAAGAAUCAAUCCUUCGACUUCCUUCCCCUCGACACCCCGUCCGCUGUGGCAGCCGGCUACGUAAAGCAGAAGGUCCUUCUACUCAAUCACCUGGCUCGCGAAGACGUCGGUGCGUACGAACUCCUCGCCGCAUCAUGGGGUCAGAUCUCCAUCGCAAACCAGAAGCCCCUGUCUCGCGGCACCGUUCGGCCAUCCUCGUCCUCCGUCUACGACGCCCCCGUAGUUGACCCUCGCUACUGUGCGGACCCUCUCGACUGCAAAAUCAUCAGACUCGGUCUCCAGCUCACGCAGAAGCUGAUGGCCACAGACGCCAUGAGGCUGCUCCUUCCAGUAGUCGACGCCAAGUACAACUCUACCGACGAGCGGGAGCUCAUGAUGGCGCUGAAGCCGCUGGUGGGCACGGAGUAUCACCCUAGCGGCACGACGAGCAUGUUGCCGAAAGACCUUGGCGGUGUUGUGGAUUCUGAGUUGAUGGUGUACGGAACUUGCAACCUUCGUGUUGUGGACGCCGGUAUUAUGCCGAUGAUCCCGGGCGGACAUAUCCAGGCAGCGGUGUACGCAGUGGCGGAGAAGGCGGCGGAUAUCAUCAAGGCCGCUGCAGAUGAAGCGUCGUGCCCGAUGGGACAGCCUCAGUGGCCUGUCGGACAAGGUCCCGUAGGCGGUGACGGACAGUCUGCCUGA